UCCAUAGACAACUAAAGACUUCAAUUUUCGAAUUUUGAUUGAAGUUUCAAGAUUCUUCAAAAUCUUUUGCAAGAAAUUACGAAAUUACAAGUAGAUAGUAUUCAAUUUAAAGAAGGUAAUUCUAUUGUAAUAAAAAUUAGCAAAUAAUGAAAACAGGCUUGUUAUACGGUAUCGUUGCGAACUCAAAAACACGGGUACGCUGCGUGUUCUGCGGGGUUUACAUUCCAAAGGCCAACAAAUGCAUUGAGGAGCACACUAACGGGAUGAAGCAUAAGGAAAAUAUAGAUUUGAUGGCGGAGAACGGGAUGAGCUACGUCAACGACGAGUUGUACUGUAAGCCUUGUAACGUUUAUCUUUCUGGAGAAGAAUCGGUUGCUUCACAUGUAGAAGGUGAUCAACACGCUAAUUGGAUAGCCGCUAUAGACGAUCUGAUAGAAGGUGAGUUUAUAAAUAUCGAUUCUUACUUAGCCAGUGAAAAUGAAGACGUGUUUUGCGAGGUGUGCGAUGCCAAAGUUGCUUGCACCUUGCAAAAUAUAGAGGCGCAUGUAAACGACAUCUUACAUCGUAGCAAUGUUGCUGAGAAGCUCAAGCCUCUGAAUGGAAUAUUUCCUGUCGAAAAUGAUGAUGAGGUAUGGUGUAAAGUUUGCGACCAGUACAUAGAAAACACUGCGCAAAGAAUCUUAGAACAUAUUGAUGAUGAUACGCUGCAUGUCGAAUGGUUUAUGGACAUAGAAGACUUAACUGAAGGCCAGGAAGUAUCUAUUCAAGAUUUCCUUAAAAAUGAGCAUGAAAAAAACGCAUUCUGUAACAAAUGUCAGAUGGAAAUACUAUGCAAUGCACAGAGUAUAGCAGACCAUGUUAAUAGUGAAGCGCAUCUCAACCAAUUUAGUUAAUAACUCAUAAGCUUAAUAGUU